AUGUCGAGCGCCCCUGAGCCUUCAUGUUGCGCGACGCCUCCCGCAGCCUUGCGGCUACGCCCGACUCGGCGCACCGUCGCCGCUGGCGGGCAAGAGGCCGGAUCCGCUGCCGAGGCUGGCAGAGUCGGUGGGCCCGACGAUGGCGCUGCUGACACGCUCCGGACACCCUCGCAGCCGUCUCGGGCCGCGACGAAGCGCAGGUUCCGCAUCAACAGGCUGCUCGGUCGCAUCGUCCCGCUCAUCAUCCUGGUCUACGUCGGGUACACCUACCAGCUCGUCGUCUUCCGCUACAACUAUGGCCAUGUCUGCAAAGUGCUCGGUAGACCUGGGCUAUCCGCGGCCCACCUGCUCCCAGCGCACAUCGGCUUCCUCGCCGCCGUGCGCAGCUACCUGCGCGUCUUUCUCGCGCACUCGUCGACGUCGCCCCGUCGUGGCCUGCGCGGACGACUUGCCAGGCUGUGCGGCAGCUCCUUCGAGCCGCACGACGGCUUGCGGCUGGAGCGCGGCCAGGAGGGCAUCCGAGCAUGCCAGCCUGACGGAUCGCCGCUGCGGUGCUGGCGCGACGCGUGCAACGGCAGCAUCCGGGGCGCGCGGACGCGCCACUGCGGAGACUGUGGGACGUGCAGAGUCGGCUUUGACCACCACUGCGCCUGGUUCGACAACGACGUGACCGCACCGGCGACGCUGCGGCCGUUUGUGCACUUCCUCGUGCUGAUCCCGCCGCUCGUCGCGUGGGCCUUUGCGCCGCUGCUGCCCGUCGCAUGGCGACACGCGCGGGCAAUCUGGCGGAUGGCGAGGCAGGAUCCCGAGAUCGCCUCACGCUGGUGGGACCGACGACGGAGUUGGGCGGGUGGGCCAGUGUUCCGCUACGCCGUGGGCUGGAUCUGGGCCGGUCAAAAGGCCUCCUCCCUGCCGUACAGGCACGGCACGACGCUCCUCGACCGACCGAGCCCGCGCAUCCCGUUUCUCGUCGCAUUCGGCGUCGUCUUCUCCUCGAUCGCUGCGAUCCUGGCCACAUCGACGCUGCGCCAGCUCUCGCGCGGCGAACUGACCAUCGACGUCGAGCGACGUAAAGCCCACCGUCGUCUGCUCUCCUCAACCUCUGCUGCGGAACCCACCGACGAAUCGAGGCGGAGGCUGGACGUCCUCGAGCCGCGGGUGCAUUUCAGCGUACCCGUUUCGCUCUUCUCCCCGGGCGACGGCGAAAGGAGCAUAGGACGGGGCGAAGGCGAGGACGAGCAGAAGAGGGAGGUCGUCUCGAUCCGCCUCGAUGAAGGUGUUUGGCGCAGGAGAGCGGGGCCAGGACGGGGAGACUGGAUCGAGAACCUCUGCUUCUUUCUCUGGGACGAUGAUGCAGAGACGUCGAUGGCGGGACAGUGGCCGCUGAGCGACAAGGUGCAUCACGAGUUGGUCCGACGUGCCGAGGCGCAGUACCGACAGAGGCAGAAAUGA